GAGUGCACGUAUCGUGUAAUUUUGUAAAUGAAAAAUGUGUUACUUAUUGUCAACUACAUUAGACAAAUCCGGUGACCAUAUUAUGGACAGUCAAGAAACAGUUCAAUGGCGAAGAGCAUUGUGCUGGCAUUUUGUACAGAGAGACGGUCAUAUGGAACGGUCAUGGAACGGUUGCUCGGUACAAUAGUUAGCACAAUUCUUUUCGCCAUUAAUGGGGGCCUUCGGGAAUGUCCAGUGACAUGCAGUGUCACCAUGGUCACCGGAUUCGUCUAUAAAAGUUCAAACAGCCAUGACCCCGAAUUUCAAACAAAAACAAAUGUAUGCUACAUGUGAUUGAUUACUGUAUGUGGUUUUGUCAUCCCUAGGACUAGCUCCCUACCGUCCUGACUGUCGUUUCUGAAAGUUUCUCCCCUGAAAAUCGUUGAGCAUGACUGAGCCCGAGACGUCCAAGUUACAUGACUUUCUCAAGAAAAGGGAUGUCGAUGAUCAGUGUAUACAGCGCAUGGAAGAGGAUAAGUCUUUUGUGUUUCAGAUAGAUCUGGAGGUGAUAUGUCUGAUGUCCGAUGACGCCUUAAGAGAUUAUCUACCCAGAUAUGGAGAUCGCAUUGCCGUAGUGUCUUUUGCCAAGAGCAAAGACAAACAAUCUCAGGGGAACACAGACCGGAAAACUUCUCUUGUUGAAUCCUUGAAGAACAAGAUGACGUCGCACCUCCUGCGAUCCAAGAGCCAGAUUGGGAAUGAAAAUGCCAAAAAACAAGAGCGCCGUGUUGAGGUUGGAUGGGUACACUACGACUUUGACAUGAAGGAAUAUAAACAAAUCUACCAGAAGAAAGGAGGUGGGAUAAAACACCAGAAGUACAAAGUUGACACACGACUGUCGGAAAUUAUGGAACAAGCAAUAACAUGGUUCUUUCCUGGUGGUAAAAACAGACAUGGGAAUGUUUCGGAUUUUGACGUCUUCAUUACCGACCCAUCCUUUGAUAAGCUUGAUGGAGACACUACAGUCCAACAAAUGUAUGAGACAGCUCGAGUGAAGAUACUGCGCCUGUAUAUUGCAACUAAAAAGAAAGUAACCCCAGACAAAAAUGUUGAAAGCUGCAGUAAAUUUCCUGAAGGUGAAAGUAGUACCUCAUCUGACGAGUUCGUACAUGCACCUGUGACAAACAAAAGACCGAAACGAAGGUGCAAGCAGGGCACUGCAAAGGGGCCUAAAACUCCAAGUGGAAAGAAAACAAAAGUAAAGAGCCACAAACAAGAUGAAAGCAGAAUUUCUGGAACACCUCCAUUAGAUGUUGAGGAUGAUCUGAAACAGUCACAACGGCAGGUAGAUGGACAGCUUCAAUCCCUUAGUUGCCCUGACAUGUCUGAGGUUGAUGUUUCUACCACCCAAGUGCCUGCCGAGACAUGUACACCAAAAUUCAUCCAAACUGAUACACCCACAAUUCAAUUUCGUAGAGGUGAAUUGGAUGACUUGCCAGAGGUAAACUGCACUCCACCGGAGCCCCUUUCACCUACUUUGGAGUUCAUUGCGAGUGAUAAUGGGAUUCAGUUUCCAGAAGAACUUUUGGAUUUCAACUCUGAAUUGCCAGAGUCCACCCCAUCUACUAAUACGCGACCAGAUAUCGUUUGGAUCAUUGACAGCGAUACCACGUCUGAUUUGAACCACCCCCCACCAGAGCCAACUACUUCACAAGCAGACAGCGUGGAGUUGCCAAGAUCACCAAGUCCACCAACAGAGAUCACUACAGACCACCAUGUCCUGAGUGUUCAUCGCUCCCUAGUUCAACAGGAAAUGAUCAGCAUUUUCAUGAACCCAGAUAUUUUAAACUCAAAAAUAAAGUAUCGUUUCAUAGACGAAAUGGGGGCAGAUGCUCAAGGAGUCUCACGGGAGGUAUAUUCUGCUUUCUGGCAGGAUUUUUUUCAGGCAUCGUCUCUAGGUGAAGAUGAAAGAGUUCCUGCUCUUUUCCCUGAUUACGGAAGAGACGAAUGGGAGGCCAUUGGCAGAAUCCUUUUCAAGGGCUACAAUGACACAGGCAUUUAUCCGCUGCAACUGGCAUACGCCUUUUCAUGUGCAGUUAUAUAUGGAGAGGGAGAAGUCUCCGCAGACAUGUUGGUAAAUUCUCUCCGAAUGUAUCUGUCGGAGACUGAUCGGCGCGUGGUCGACAAGGCUCUCCAUGGCCAACCACUUGAUUCAGAUGACCAAGACGAUUUUCUCGACCUUUUAGGGAGAGUUAACUGCCAUUCACUCCCAUCUAAGGAUGAAAUUCGUCCCAUGGUCAUAAGUAUUGCUCAUAAAGAGCUAAUUCAGGAACCAAAAUAUGCCUUGGAUGCUAUUGCCUCUGUUGCAGGACCUGGACUACAGAUCAGAAUUCCAAAUCCAGCAGCUCUACAAGAGAUGUACAGCAGCAAAAUGCCAACUCCACGAAAGGUAGUCAAACUCUUAGAUUCUUCUCCAGUGAACCCAGAGCAAGCAUCAGCAUUGGCAUACCUAAAGCAGUUCAUCAAAAGUUUGGAUGACAGAUUGCUCAGAAAAUUCCUUAGGCAUGUCACAGGAUCUGAGUUCAUCUGCACCAAGUCCAUAGAUGUAACCUUCAAUCGAAUGAGAGGUAUUGACCGGGCACCACAAGCCCACACAUGUGGUCCACUUCUGGAACUCCCGUGCACAUAUGGAUCGUAUCCAGAAUUCCGCAGUGAAUUCAUGCACAUACUAGAUGCCAACUACAUGAACAUGGACAUCGCUUAAACCUCCGGUAAAAUGAGUGUUUAUACAGUAAACUUGUACUCAGGAUGUGCAACAAAAUUUGUUAACUAAAUUCCAGGGGUGUAGGUCUCAACUUUGCUGACCUGGAUAGGCAACUGAAAGGGCAGAUCCAGGGGGGGGGGGGCCCAAUUUUUUUUUUUUUAAAUGGAGCAAACAUUUUUUUUUUGGAGAGGACAACUGGGUACUUUAUAAUUCCCUUUCCUCCCCAAAGUGCAUAAAAUGCCAA